AGGCCCCUGGGGAGCUUGGCGCCGUCGGACAGUGUGCUGAAGUCCCAGGUCUGAUGGUUGGAGAACGUCAUGGCGCCGGGGAUGUCGAAGACGCCCGUGACACCCGUCUUCCGCGCGGGAUUCGCCGAGGCGCAAGCGGCUAGGAAGGCCGUGACGAAGAGGGAGAGGCGGCCCAUGGUGAAGAUGAGACCGGAGAGAGGAAUGGGGGGGGGGGGGGGCUUGUGAGACCUCGUAGCGUGGAAGGUGGCAGCCGGGUCUUGCUUCUGGAAGGGAGAGGAAUGGUGGGGAUGUUGAGGAAUUUCGGUACGUGUGAAUGUGUUACUAUCCAGCGUGACGGACGUCACCCCAUAUGCGUCUACUUGCACGGCACGGUUUCUCUCGACGUCUGGGAACUACCGAGCAGUCUUUCAAAGGCUUACAAAAGCUCGCCUCCUGCGCUCACUCUGUGGCGCCCAGAUCCCCGGAAGCAUCCCACGGUAGUCGUCGUCGUGGUUGAUGGGCGGACUUCUAGGUCGUGGCCCGCCGGAAAGGGGCAAGGCAUGGGCACGAUCGAGGCAGCGCCUCUCCGUGCGUCUUCCCAUCGACCGGGCUGCAUGAGGGAGAGCGCGGGGAACGACACGGAUGGUAGAGCGCCUUUUCCCCUAGGCUCUAUUGACUCGACGUCCGAGAACGAACAUGGGUGGGCAGGGUGGACUUUUGCUCGAGUCCAACGGCUUCUCCUAGAUUCAACCGGACCAACCAGAUUCCCUCGACCGCCGCCGAAUAGGGGAUCUUGGCCCAGAGGAAGCGCCCUUCUGGGCGCCUUUGUGAUGUCAUAUGGGUGAAGGGCAUCUGGGCUCGCCCAUCUCGCCGAGCUCUGUUGGCGGACGUGGUCUUCAGGACCCCGUGCUCACCCAUAGCCACCAGCAGCCUCUGCCAGGCCUAGGCCGACCGCAGCCCUGGG